AUGUCUAAGCAGCAGGCAGACAAAAUCCCCAAUGUGGUCCAGACGACUUCACAGGACAGGCACACGGGGGAUGCCGACUCACAAGAAAAUGACGGCACCACACAUGUCAAGGGCCAUCCGGUGAUUCGCAACGGAGCCGACGUGUCCAAGUAUCUCGUCUCGGAUCGCGACGAUGGUGAUGCGGCGCUCACCUUUCGCUCCAUACUCCUGGGCACGGCUUUCACAGCUCUGUCCAGCGUCAUCACCAUGCUCUACACCUUUAAGCCGACUCAGAUGCAGGUGUCAGCCGUCUUUCUACAGCGUAAGAUUGUCCACUUGACGUGUAUUCUGCUCCUGUCGCUAAAAGCCCGCAACAUAGUUCUGGUCUACAUUGCUGGCGAGGCGUGGGCACUGGCAACACCGCGGCCGGACCGGGUGAAAUGGAAAUGGCUUCGCCGUGUAUUUCGAUUUCUCAAUCUCGGACAGCCCUUUGGUAUCAAAGAACAUGUUGUGGCGUCUCUGAUUGCCUCUUCGGGGAACAACGGGCUUUCUGGUGUCGAGAUCUACGCCGUGGAAAGACUGUUUUACGACCGACCCGUGUCUGCCACGACAGCAGUACUGGGCACCUUUUCCAUCUCGCUCUGCGGCUUCGUUUUAGCCGGCGUCUUGCGACCGCUCAUCGUCUAUCCGGCCGAGAUGGUGUACUGGUCGACGCUGCCGCAGGUCGUGCUCUACCAAAACCUCCAUUUCGACCAGCGCGAGAACCGGUCUCGCUUGAUCAAGUUCGGCUGGGCUUUGGCCAUCGCUGCCGUGUGGGAGGUUUUCCCCGCCUACAUGGUGACGUGGUUUGGCGGCAUCUCCAUCUUCUGCCUGGCGUCCAUGAAUGCCCCCAGUGCAACUCGCCGCGUCUUCACAACCAUCUUUGGCGGCGCGUCUUCCAACAAGGGGCUCGGCUUGCUCAACUUUUCCCUCGACUGGCAGUACAUCCAGAGCGGGUAUCUAUCCCUGCCACUGAAGCAGCAGUUGAACUCGUGGAUUGGCUACGGGAUAUGGUACGCGGCGAUGCUUGGGCUCUAUUACAACAACGCCUGGGGCGCCAAAAGCUUCCCCUUCAUGUCGACGUCGCUUUUCAACGGCAACGGCACGAGAUUCAACACGACGUCUAUCCUCAACGGGCAGGGGACCAUUGACCCAGAGAAGCUUGACGGCGUGGGUCUUCCCCAUAUGACUGCGACCACGGUUUGGGGGUACUUCACGGCAAACUUGGCCAUCGGCGCCCUGAUUACCCACGUCUUGAUCUUCUAUGGCAAGGAUAUGGCUCUCGCGUGGAAGCAAGCACGCAGCAGGGCCCAGCCGGAUCCGCACUACCAAGCCAUGCUGAAGUACAAGGAGGUCCCCAUGUGGUGGUACGUGGCCCUCUUUGUGCUGUGUUUUGUCGCCGGGCUGGUUGUCAACAUCAAGGGAGAAACCACGCUGCCAGCAUGGGGAUACAUAGUGUCGCUUCUCGUCGGAGCAUUCAUCGCCCCGUUUUCCUGCGUUCUUUACGGCCUCUACGGUACCGGGAUUGGUACCAACCAGCUUUCCAAAAUGGUAGCUGGUGCCAUCCACCCGGGUCGACCGCUUGCCAACCUCUACUUUGCGAGUUGGUCUCACCAAGUCAUUCUGCUGGCUGUCAACCUGGCCAACUGGCUCAAGGUUGGCCAGUACACGAAAAUCCCCCACCGCAUCAUGUUUGGUACCCAGGUCUAUGGCACGUUGCUCGGAGCGGGAUUCAACUAUGCCGUCAUGACGACAAUUGUUACCAACCAGCGCGAUGUUCUUCUCGACCCCACGGGAACGAACAUCUGGAGCGGAUCGACAUACCAGAGCCUCAACUCUCAAGCAAUCACGUGGGCGCUCGCAAAGCAAAUGUACAGCGCCAGUGGUCGGUAUGUGCUCGUUCCUCUCGGCCUGCUUAUCGGUGCGGCCUUGCCAAUUCUGCAUUGGGCUCUGGGCAGGGCAUUUCCACGGAUUCGAGCCUGGCCGAUCAACACGGCCAUUGUUUCGUCAUUUGCUGGGCAGGUGUACUAUGGCAACACGUCCUGGAUUUGGUCAUCCAUCGCGGUCGGAGUCUUCUCGCAGCUAUGGCUUCGGAGGAAGCUGCCGAGGAUAUACAAUAAAUACAACUACCUUAUCGGAGCAGCAUUGGACGGUGGAUCUCAGAUUGUCAUUUUUGUCUUGUCCUUUGCCGUCUUUGGCGCGAGCGGACAAGAGCAUCCCUUUCCAACUUGGUGGGGAAAUCCGGCAGGCAGUCCUGACCAUUGCCUUUGA